AUGCAUUUCCUUAGUCUUCUUUCGGCAGGUAUCGCCCUGGCCACACUCGGAUCGGCCAAGGACACCAGAUACCUAUUCACAUUCGGCGACUCGUACUCCAGGACAGGCUUCGACAUCAAGGGCGACAAGCCCACAACUAAGAACCCUCUGGGCAACCCCGCCAUGCCUGGCAAGACCUCUUCCGGAGGCAAGAACUGGAUCGGCUACGUUCUCGAGGAGAAGAAUAAGGACCAUGACACCCUGUCGUGGAACUUCGCCUCGGGCGGCGCGACAGUCGACAAGAGCAUCAUCGUCGGCAGCAAGUCCAACGUCCAGAGCUUCACCGAACAGGUCAAGAGCUUCCAGGACACCGUGGGCAAGAAGCCCGACUAUGCCAAGUGGGAUGGCGACAGCGCGGCCGUGGGAGUCUGGAUGGGCCUCAACGACCUGGGAACAUCGUACUAUCGCAAGAACUCGACCAAGGUCAUCGAGAAGUCCGUCGACAAGUACUUCGAGGAGCUCGAGAGCCUCUACAAGACCGGAAUUCGCAAGUUCUUCCUGCUUCAGGUUCCUCGUAAGUAUCAGCAUCAAGGGGUUGUCCCCCUAGAAAGCCACAAGAGACUGACCUGGAGACCAUUAGCUACCUACCGCACUCCCCUCAUCCAGAAGAAGGGCCGGUCCAAGGCCAGGAAGCUCCAGAAGGCUACCAAGGCUUACAACAAGCGCCUAAACGACAAGCUGAACAAGUUCAAGAAGAGCCACAAGGACGUCAAGGCCGCCCUCGUCAAGACCGAGGCGUCUUUCAAGAAGGCCCUAGACACCCCCAAGAGUGUAGGCGCCAAGAACAACAAGUGCACAAACAAGGAUGGCAAGUCAUGUGCCUUAGCUGAUGAUGGCUUCCUAUUGCAGCUGUGGCGCGACACCUACCACCCCGGCACUGGCAUCCACAAACUCGUCGCCGCCAAAGUCACCAAGGCGCUCAAGGAUAUCAAGUUUUGGUAA